AUGGAUAAUAAAUACAAAAGGUAAGAAAUUCAUUCAUUUUUGGAUCAAAAUACAAAGAAGGAUGGUAAGAAGAAUGAUUAAUAUUGUUAUGGUUAAUUAAAGUAAUUAAGCUAGUUUAUAUUAAGGUUCGGUGAUGUACAAAAUAAAGUAAGAAAGAUUUCUCUAAAGACAUUUUUUGGUAAUCCAGAAUUUGAAAUAUUUUGUAUUCGAUUUGAUUUUGAGGAUCAACUUAUAGCAGCAGGUAUUAGAAUUGUUAAAUAAGGUUGCUCUGAUGGGACAGUGAAAAUAUUUAAUAUAGCCACAGGUGAGGUUAGUUUUAAUAUUUCAUAGGGAAAUUAGCGUUUAAUUUAUAGGGAUCAUCAGAAGGAUCAACGCCAACAACUAGCAUUAGAUGGAGGAAAGAUGGUGCAAAUAAAGUUAAAAGUGUAGUAAUAAAUGUGAAUUCUGAUGGAUCAAUUAUGUUUUGGCAUGCUUAGACAGGAAAAUAAUUGCAUAGACUUGUAGAAAAAAAUAAUUAAAUAUUAUGUAUGGAUUUACGAUUAGAUGGAGAAGUAUUUGCUACUUCUGGUAGAGAUUGUAAAGUAAUUAAAUAUCAAAUUAUUUAGAUCCGAAUUUAUGAUGAGGAAAAAAAGGAAAUUAUUCAUACAUUUGAUUCAGCUGAUUAGUAAAAGCAUCCAUUAUACUUAGUAAUUAAAUUGGUCAUUUGAAUCGAGUGUUUGCUUUGAAGUUUUUAGAAGAAUUUCCAACCACUCUUCUUUCUUGUGGUUGGGAUGGUAAUCUAGUGAUAUGGGAUCUUAGGGACAAAAGAAGUGUUGGAUCUAUAUAAGGACCACAUGUAUCUGGAGACAGUAUAGAUGUUAGGUACACGUCAAUAUAUUCAUUAUUAAGGAAUGGUUAAAUUCUUACUGGCUCUUACAGAACAAAUAAUUAAUUAUAACUCUGGGAUUUUGGUAAAAGAUCAUUAAUAACAAAUAUCAAAUGGGAUGAUGUAGAUUCUGAUCUCUCUUACAUAUACUCUUGCUAAUUUAGUAAGAUAAACGGAGACACUAUAUUGGCAGGCAGUUGUGGGAAACAAGAAGUCAAAUUGUUUGACAUAAAUGAUAAUUAUCAAGUUUGUGGAUGGAUUCGAGAGUUAUAAGAAGGUGUAUUUAAAUCAAUAUUGAUAGGCAUAUAUUGUGUUGAUUACGGGAAUAAAUCAAACAAAUUUGCAUUUGGAGGUGGAGAAGGAGUAGUCUACAUUUGUUAAUUGA